GCGGAUUUCAUCCUCUCUUUCUCUCUUUCUUAUUUUUUUCUUACUUUCCUCUUCUCUUGCCCAUCUUCUAAACACAAAUACACCAGUAUGCUCCACGCUAGUACUACUUGUAGCACUGCGGCUGGCAGCUCACAAACAGUAGCCACCACCGCCACACCAACUCUUUCCGCCGCGUCGUCGCUUCCUCAGGAUAUACUAUUGAACAUAAACAAUUACCUUUGCGAAGAAGACUGCUAUGCGUGCCUCUUUGUUUGCCGCCAGUGGUACCUCUCCUUUAUUGCCAAAUUUUACACCAGCGUUACUAUCCGCACUGCAAACCAGUGUGCCCACCUUUGCGGUGUACUUGACGCGAUCGCGCAAUCUCAAGGCAAGGAGGAACAACAAGAGCUAUUGCAGUUGGGUCACGCUGUCAAGGAGCUGCAUAUGGAUUUGGGCACUGAGGUCCUGGAAAAGCCGUCAUCGAGUCGGUUACCCGGGCACUUGCCGUUCCUUAAAUCAUUUACUGUCUCCUCGUUUCAUCAUCAAAGCAAUCACCAUGGCAACAAUAACACCACCAGUUGUGACCACGGCAACCACUCUAUUACUUUACCCAAGUCGGCUGAUAAUCACAUCACAAAUGAUAAUGACACCGAUAACUUAAUAGUAACAACAGCACCGGCAUUGAGCUGCGGCAAACUCGCCCCCAGCAGAAGCUUUCUCGGAACGUCCAUUGACACGUUUUGGACACUGCCUACCACCUUGACUCAACUGCAUUUAUCAAUCCCUCGUCUACAAAAAGGAGCAAUACUUCGUUUACUGCGGAAAGUGCCACGCUUGACAAGUAUGUACCUUAACUGGAUCAAUGGCUCAUGGACGUGUAGCUACAUGGAUGCUGUGCAUCAGCUUUGUCCAGAUCUCCAGCACGUGUGGGUGUUUGCAGAGACUUUCCAUACUGAGAGCCAAGCACGAGAACGACAGCGCGAGCCGAAUGCUGCCAUUGACGACGACGAAGAAGAUCAAGAUCUGUGGGAUAGGCCCGAUAUGACGCCGGACGAAAUCAUCAACCGCCUAUUUCCGCCACCAUCACCGCUACAAGCAACAACAACAACAGCAAAAUUUACAAGUAGUGGUAGUGUUGCCAAGAAGCUUACGCAUUUCUAUUUAUCCAUCUAUCGCGGCCUUCCCGAGCACAUGAGCGACUGGUUCGUUUAUGCUGCGCGGAAUUAUCCUAAUUUGGAAUCCUUUUCACUUGAAACAAGACCCAAGCACCUUGAUCGCGUUGGAGAAAGAGCAUUUGAAUACGAUCUACUGGACAUGCUAAUGACAUACAAGUGGGCGAGCCGGACAUGGAAGCAGGCCGAGGUCCCAGCUUUUGGGUUAUUUGUACGCUCUUGCCCCAAGGUACAAACCGUCAAUCUCUUCCAGCUCUAUCUCACACGCCAUUUACUCUCAACCAUCUUUGCCUGUGGAUUACCCAUACAACAUUUUGGAACGACACGUAACAUUCACAGCAUUUGGACGGCUGAAAACAACUGGUGCUUUAGUGAAAGUUUGGUAUCGCUUUCACUCCAAGCAUGUGUCACACCGCCUGCCAACAAUGACUCAUUUAUGAAAUUUCUCGGCUCCUUGAUACAUCUCAAACAUCUGAACCUUGCACGCUAUGAGCAUUUCACCUUGUUUUCCUUGCUUGAGGCUUGUCCUGGUCUAGAAACUUUGACACUUGAACAUAUGGCCAUCACAUAUAAUAGCAACGUUGCUAGUAAUAACACCGAGGGCGGAGGAGACAUCAAUGGUGGUGCUAGUCUACUUUUGCAUAUCCAACGACGGUUACAGCAGCGAGCAUUGGAGGCUACAUGCUUAUCGCUGCGGCAGCUCACAAUUCGACAAACAGUUCUCAAAGAAUCCUUUUUUGGUGACAUUCCAUCGUCUCUGGAAGAUUUGGUUGUGGAAGACAGUGCCAUCAUUGGAACAGAGCCGUAUCGCGCCUCGAUUCUAAUGCCAAGCCUUAGUUUGCAAACGCUCGUCAUGAAUCAUAUGCUUUUCGAGGGACAGCACUCAGUGCGCAAGAUCUUCAAGCAAAGUGGCCAGCAGUUCUCAGCUAUUGGGCUUGUUCAGUGUUACAACAAGCCAGCAGCAACCAAAGAAGGAAGAAGCAACGCGUUUUUGGGUGCCACUAGUAGGAGAUGGUAUGAUUUUCGACGCACAAACGAACCAUCUAGCAGCACUAAUAGUCGCCAACCACAACAACGAAACAGAGAUGAUGAAAGGGUGCUGGGUAUUCGGCCAAUGGCGGAUGACUUUGCAGAGGAUUUGCUAGAUAGUGAGGAAGUUGAAGGAAUAUAUAGUCUUGAAAUCUCUUGUCAGUCCAUCAAAAGAGCAUGUAUAAAUAAUUCACGCUUACUCGAUCCUCAACUUCCCUGAGAUGAUACCCCACAUGUUUUAUUCCUACACACAAUAAAAGUACCCCUCUUUUUAUUGGAUCAGUACAGCUUUUAUAAAUAAACCUCUGUG